CGGCCGCAAAAUCGAGCUGAGCUCAGACGUCUCACCAGCCGCUCCCUCAUAAGACGUCGCCCCUGUCCUUUAUUUCAACGCUCUCUCUCGGCGGUCGUGUGCCCCUCUUCGCGCUCCCACAAAGCCCAGCAGCCAGAGGCUCUUCGCUCCCUCGGUGCUCCAGAACUUCCCGGUUCUCCUCCUCCUCCGUCGUCUUCCCUCUUAAGCACUGGACCAUCAGAAAAUCCUCGGCCAGCCCCAUACAUAGACACCAAAUAUCCCCUUGUCAACAACUGCACUUAUUCUAUCACCUUUACUACUUCCUUUAGACGUCUUUUAUAAUGAGCAACAAGGGCCGAUCGACGCCUCGCAUUGUGUGCUGCGCCAUUCCUAUUGCCCGCGCCGCUGGGAAGGUGCUCUUAGUAACAAGCCGGAAACGGCCAAGUAAUUGGGUCUUACCAAAAGGAGGAUGGGAGUCAUCGGACGGGGUGCUGGAAGCAGCAGCCUCGAGAGAAGCCUUGGAAGAAGCGGGCGUACGUGGGACAAUCACGCGCUUCGUCACGACCAUACCCUCCGCGUCGUCGACAUACCACUUCUAUGAACUCGACGUCGCCGACCUCGAUCAAGAAUGGCUGGAGAGCAAGGAGCGUCGGAGGGAGUGGGUAGACUAUCCAGAGGCGAUCAGGAGGCUGCAGUGGAAGGCAGAACUGGCACAGGGGCUCGCGCUCUCGUCGCUCGCCCCGCGGCGGUGAAUGGCUACGCGCAGUCUUGCCGGCUUCAAACGCGUCGGCGUCCGUUCGUCCACGUCCAAACCUGCGACCAUCUCGAAAUAACCAUCGGCCAGCUGCCUUCCGAGCGGGAAAAGAGUCAGCGGUGGCAGGCCCGCACACCUCGGCAAUCCCAGCAUUGACGGACGCUUUCGGCGAUAGCGCACAUACCCCAGCACCGAGAUCAGCAACUGACCGCUUCGCCGUUGCGCUAUUUUCUUUUGCGUUAGCCACCACCGAAUGUGCUACUCGUUCAUAUAUUGUGCAUGCAUGUUAUCACCUAGAGCUUUCAGUAUACUCACCCACCCAUCGCUUUGUCCUGAGUCGCCUUACAUCGUCGCACUGCAUACCUUACGCCACUCGUAUUUGUUUUCCUUAGGCACGUUACACAUUGCAGCAGUUCGUUUUCCGCCAUCGCACACACUGCGGUCGGUUCUGCUAUCGUGUAUAUUAUCCUUCGUCGAUGUAUUC